AUGGAAGUGGGUGGCAAGUGGCAAGAGAUGAAACGGUUGAAAGGGGAAGAAGAGGGUUUCACGCGACUUGCGUCAUUUGUGUGCGAUUGCGGCGAGCCUUUCUCAGAGGAACAACUUGAAGCCAUUGAAGCCACCUUUCAAUCCUCUCUCCCCAAACUCAAACCCAACAACAAUAACAAUAACAAUAAACGUCCAUUCAACGCUCGCCGUUUGCCCAGAUCGCUUCUCGCUCUUCAACACCCAAAUGCUAAAGCUUUUUCUUUCUCCUCUUCUCAAGGCUAUUCAAGGAUGAAAUUGCCGGUAAUGAAGUUUAGUGGCCAAAUUAUGUAUAGCAGGACUUUUAGUGAUGUAGAGAAAGCCGCAACAAAGCUUUUAAAAAUUCUGGAAGAAAAGAAAAAAGAGACGAUGCAAAUUGCAAUUGGACUUGACAUUGAGUGGAAACCCUCCUUCAGAAAAGGUGUUCCACCUGGAAAGGUAGCAGUGAUGCAGAUAUAUGGUGGCACUAGUCAUUGUCAUGUUCUACAUCUAAUUCAUUCCGGAAUCCCUCAAAAUCUACAGCUUUUACUUGAAGAUCCCACAGUUUUGAAGGUUGGAGCUGGGAUUGGCGGCGAUGCUGUUAAGGUUUUUAGAGAUUAUAACAUAUCUAUUAAAGGUGUGGAAGAUCUUUCUUUCAAUGCUAAUCGAAAGCUAGGUGGAGGUCCUCAUAAGUGGGGUCUUGGAUCUUUGACAGAAAAACUUUUAUCAAAACAGCUUAAAAAGCCCAGCCAAAUAAGAAUGGGAAAUUGGGAGACUCCUGUUUUGUCAAAGGAGCAACUAGAGUAUGCUGCCACAGAUGCUUUUGCUUCUUGGUAUCUCCAUCAGGCGAUUAAGGAUCUCCCGGACGCCCAGGAAAUUACUGACAAAAGUGGCGAAGUUGAUGGUGUACCGCAACAAUGAUUAUAUCCUUAGUCUGUGUAUCAAAUUUCAUUUGUUGUUAAUUAUAUGCAAUUAUUUAUAUCUGCUAAAUGUCUGUUGUAAUCUUAUGAGAAUGUCCCAAGAAAUCAAACCGUCUGGAAUUAGUCCCUGU